CAUUGGUUUUCUCUCUCAGUCUUCGAAAUAGGGAUUCUUGAUUUUUUCUACCAGAAAUUUUCUCUCUCCUACUCUCUCUUCUCGAAACGGCUGUUUCUCUCGCUUCCACUCUCUGUACCUCAUUCCUCUUUCUCUUCCAAACCACUCUUGCUAGCGUUUCCACUCAACCUCCAUUGAAGGUUGAAGGGAAGCUUUUUCCGGAUCUGGAAGAAGAAAACGCUGAGGUUCCAAUGGAAUUUGUUGAAGUUCGAAUUGCAUAGAAGAUUUGAUCCAUUGAUUUUUCAGCGCAUAGAAGGUGACUGUUCUAAUAUUGCGGAAAAGCUGGACUUCUCUGUGGAGUAGUUUUGACACUCACUUCCAUAUGGGUAUGAAACUUGAAAUGUUAUCUGAAUUUUCAUAUGAUUGGAAGCAUCUUAGUGGAAUGUGAGCAUUAUGACACUUGAAGACUUCUUUACCUUGACUGAGAUGAAAGAUGGGUUUACAGUCCCUGCUCGUGUUGAGGAGUUGAUUAAUUUUAUGCAGAAGGAGAAAAAUUCUUUAGUGAAGAGUGCUGGUGAUGCAACAAGGCAGUGGGCCGCUGUUGCUGGCACAAUAGCAGCUACAGAGAAUAAAGAAUGUCUUGACCUUUUUAUUCAGUUAGAUGGUCUAUGGUUUAUUGAUAGGUGGUUGAAGGAUGCUCAAACAUUUCCUGAUGAAACGAGUGACUGCUUUGUGGAAGAGGCUAUCUCAGCAUUGUUACUAGCAGUUGAGAAACUUCAGGUGAAUGGUGAGAAGUUGGCUUCAUCAGGAUUAUGCAUCACUGUCAAGAGUCUUCUUCGUUAUAAAAGCUCUAAAGUUCAAGAUAAGGCAAGAGCUCUCUUUGACAGUUGGAAAAAUAAGGAUGUUGAUUUCAAAAGCAUGGAUGUUGAGAAGGCCCCACGUUAUAAUGAUCCAAAGCUAGAUAAUCAAGCUCCUGAAACUCAGUUCACCUCGGAUGUUGACUCUACAACAAGAUCCCCUGGUGAUCAGAAGCCGGGAAGUGCUGAGGAUGGGAAAGUUAAACAGUCCAAUGAUCAGGAUAGUUCUCAGAUCAUGCCCGAUCAUGCAGAUUCUAAAGCCGGAUGCUCAGAUAUGGUCGCCUCACCGGCUAAGCUAGAACCUCUUGUGUGUGAUCAUGUCAGAGAAAAAGUAUGUGCGUCUGAUGGAAUACUGGAUUCAUGUGUUACAGCCUUAAAGCAAGGCACAAAUGGGGUAAUUUCUGAGGCUUUGAAGCCUAGACCUGCGGCUGAAGAUGCAAAGCAUGAAAGCAAUUUUGACAUGUUGCCUGAUACAUCAGGUAAUGAUAAGGUUACUUCCGCCUCUGGUGUUUCUGGUAGCAAUGACCUCUCUUCAAGAACUGAUGCUAAAGUUGAUGAAGAAGCUGCUGCUAAGGUUGCUGUAGAAGCUGCUGCUAAAUCUAAUUGCAGAGCACUUGAUGUCAAGGAUGGAUCUCCCAUGAAAUCUACGUCAACAUAUGAUACGAAGAAGCUUCUGGAUGAGUCAAGCAAUGGGAUGGAUGAUAGUGAGCAGAAUGGUUUGGAACAAGGUGAUGGUUCUGCGUUGGAGGAAUUCAAGGAUCAGGCGCCAUCUAUUUCUAGAUUAGAAGAUGAUGCUGAACGUACUGAGUGUAAACGGUAUCACCAAAGUGAAUCGAGGUAUAUGGGGAAGAAUUGUGAAUUUGCAAGAUUGACAAAAACAAGCAAAUCGAUUGACAUCAUCCAGCAGACACGAGAUAUGGACCUUGAGGAUGGCACAGUUGAUGCUUUAGAAGUUGCUAGACUUGUUGCCAAGGAAGUGGAGAGAGAGGUAGGAGGUUAUUGUGAGCAAUCUGGCACCUCUGCCUCAUCUUCAUCUUCAUCUUCUUCUUCUUCUUCUGAUGGAAUAUCAAGUAGUGGCGGUAGACAGCAAGACAGCCCAAAGUCUAUAAAGGGGGAACAGGACAUGCAGAUAGAUGGCCCAGUAAGACACUUACCAACAACAGAAAUUACCCCUGAUGUGUCCGGAGAGGCACCAUUAAUGAGUUUGUGUGAUCCAGAGGCAAAUCCAAAAAACCAUUCUCAGGAUUUGGAGUCUUCCAUGGUGGUUGAUGUUGCACUGGAACCAGAAAGCAAUGCAGAGAAAAGCUUCUUGGAAUUUGAUCUGAACCAGGAAUUUUCCUGUGAGGAUGCUGAUCAUCAGGUGGAUACCUGCUCAAACCCUGUAUCUAUCAUUUCCGCCUCCAGAGCUGUUGUAUCUUCUGGAAUGCCUGCGAGCCCUCUUCAAUUUGAGGGAAGUCUUGGGUGGAAAGGAUCUGCAGCCACUAGUGCAUUUCGACCAGCAUCUCCUCGUCGGACCUCCGAUAGUGAUAGGGCUCUUUCAGGCGGGGGCACUAGCAGUGGAUCACGGCAGAGGCAAGAUUUUCUUGAUAUUGAUCUGAAUGUGGCUGAAGGCGAUGAUAAGACAGUCAAUCUAGUGCUGGGUAAACAGAAACAGAUGUUACCUAGCCUUCCGUCGGGUGAGUCUUCAGUGGAAUUAAGUCCUAAAAGAUCUCAAAGGCUCAAUCUGGACCUAAACCAAACUGAUGAUGAUAGAGGUCUUCCAGCAUCUGAGUGGAAAAUGGGUGGGCUUAUAUUUCGCCCUCAAAAUUGCCAGCGAAGUCCAUCGCCGGCUUCCUCUUCAUCAUGUAUGCAGCCUUCCAUGAGGAAUUUUGAUUUAAAUGACAACCUUUCCAAUUGCAAUGAUUUUUCAGACCAACCAACCUUUCUCGGGGAGUUUUCUCGAAAAGUUAACCAAUGUAUGGGACCACCAGAUGAUACAGUUAUUUCGAUAAUGGGAACCAAGGUUAAGAAAAAUGUAUUUCCUCAAACUCCAUUGCGUUUUCUGAAUGGGAGGGCAUCAGACCCUGUGAUGGAGGCUAGCUUGUUGAGAGGGGGACCGUUAAUGGGGCUGGGACCUACAGUUCCGUAUCCUCCAUCUGUAUAUGGAUACAAUGGGCUUGCAAUGGGUUCUGCUGUUUCUCUUGCAUCAGCACAGAUUUACAGACCGGGAGGCCCGAUCCCAUAUGUUUUUGAUUCGAGGGGAGCCCCAUUUCUACCUCAAAUGUUGGGCUCAGCCUCAACUGUUCCGUCUUCCUAUGGUCAACCUUCAUUAGUUAUGAAUAUGAUGGGUGCAACGCCUGAUCUUAACCUUGCUGGUCCUUUGCGCCCCAAUUUUGAUUUGAACUCUGGGUUUGCUAAUCCUGUUGAAGCAGGAAAUCCUGAUCCUACCUUUUUCAGGCCUCUUUUCAUCCCCCAUGCUCAGAGUAGGCCUUCAGAAGAGCAGCUGAGAGACAGUUUCAGAGCCUUGGGUUCUGGGAGCAGUGGUGGAAAGCGGAAGGAACCUGAUAGUGGAUGGGAACUUUAUCCCACUAACUACAAACAACAACAACCACCACAUUUAUAGAAAGUUCUUCUCUAUUGUUCAGGGUCUCCGUCUUUGGUUUUGGCCUAACAACUGAAGAAAUCAUACUGAUGCAAUAUAACAUCAGCCUGGAAGAUGCUGAUGAUUCUGGGAGUAGGAGAGUUGGAAUUUAUAGUUUAAAACAGAAUAAAGUCCGGAGAUUAUUGGCGUGACAGUGAUUUAUGGAGUCAACUCCUUGAGGAGUGGAAUUAGGUUUAUUGAUUUUUUUUUCUGUUUAAUUUUCAUAAUUUCCUUCUUUUUCUAUAUUGUCUCAUAAGGCCAUUUCAAGAAUAGAAAUAUUUGGUAUAUGUAGCUGUAACAUCUCACCCAUACAUAGAAAUCAAAAGAUUGGUCCCUUUCAA